UCUCUUAGAGGCCGAGGCGACGGCCAAGCGAGCGAGCGAGCCAGCGGAGAUUUCGAGAGCGAGAGUCGAGCAGGACUGGGGCGCUUGUGCGAGGUCACGUGGGGAGUGAGUGGAAGGAGGUGGUGGACGAGAGUGGAAGGUGAGGGUCGAGGUUUCUGCCGCUGGACGAAGGCGAUCAUGUCUCCUGCACGCGGUCUACUGCUCGCCUGCCUCCUCUGUCUACACGCGCAAUCGGGCUCCGCAGGGAGGGAGACGAACGGGGAGCGUGCCCUCGCCAAUGCAGGCGGCCGUCUCGUGCCGUACUACGGCCGCACCGAGCCAGAGCAGCUGUGCCGGCUGACGAAGUGCCGGAAACCUGCGGGAUCCGUGUGCCACGUGGUCACCACGGAGAACGGCACACGCAUCUCCAAGUGCAUGUGUCCUAAGACUUGCCCCGGCGAACAGAAGCCCGUUUGCAGCGCGUACGGGCGGCAGUACGACAACGCGUGCCUGCUGUACAAGGAGGCGUGCAGGAGGCGUAGGCGAAUCGGCAUCUCCUACUACGGCGAGUGCAUAGCCAGGCAGGGCGCGUGCUCGGACGCCGAGGGCGGCCAGUUCCCCUUCCGCCUGCUCGAGUGGUUCCUGCACCUCAAGGAGAUCGACGCGUUCGGCACCGUCGACCCCAGCUCCUCGCAGGCGACGCUCGACAGGCAGCAGCGCACGCUGCUCGCCGCGUGGAAGUUUGCGGCGCUGGAUCGCGAGGGAGACGGGGAGCUGAGUCGCCGGGACAUCAAGGACCUCCGCUUCCGCCUCAUGCCCCUCGAGCACUGCGCCGAGCAGUUCUUCCGGUCAUGUGACAAGGACGACAAUAAGAUGAUCUCGGAGGAGGAGUGGACGAGCUGCCUGGUGGAGCGAUCUGAAAGUUGGUACGAGACCUUCAUGUCAAAGAAGAUGGGUCCAGGCGGCGAGUGGAUCGAGUCGUGAGCGAGCUGAAGCCGAGCUGAGCGAGGGAUCCGCUGCAGCGUGCCGCUCGCCUCCUCGCCCAGCCCCUGUGUGUGACCCCCCCCCCCCCCAUUCACCUCCUCCACCGUUUUCCUACACACCGCCCACUCUGGUAGAGAGACGCUAGCCCAGUGGUCUUCAUUGCCAGCUUCCGCAGGCCACUGGCAGGCCACUGGCAGGCCCCUGGUGGCCUUUAGUGCGGGCCCCUCACUUGCGGCCCUCGACAAUUCACGAAUGUUGAGAACACCCCCACCACCACCACCAUCAUCGCCGUGCUGCUGUCAAACCCCCAAUGGUUUCAAACGUGUAGCACCCCUCACACUGGUGAUGUCUUAUCGGCGAAAGUGGUCCCCCCUCUGAAAAUUAGCGAAGAACGCUGCUCCUUUAACCCCUCGGGUUUGAACAACAGGCAAGUUGGGCAAACUUCUUAAAUCCCCAGUCCCUACCGCCCCUGUCCACCCAGCAUGAGUCGGAGUGGUUUGCGCCGCAGAUAGUCGAUCGGCAGGUCGCGUACGGUGGGGUAAAGUGUGGGUACUCACACAUUUUUCCAAGGCGUCUUUGGACGGCGUGGAAGAGUAGGCCAAAGCAGCCUCGGGAGGAGCUGUCUAGAGCUCCCUCUGGUGGAGGUCCUUCUGCCAGCAGUGGCGUGAGCGAGCAUUUGCAGGGGCUGCGCUUUCACCUGCAACUUCGAGCGUUCAGUGAGGCCCAUUUUCAUCGGCGGCCCUGAGCCACUGGUUGUAAAUUCCACGAGCCUAUGACUGAGAGCUCAUUACAUCCACUCACUGUUGACUUCCCCACGCAAACGGUGGUGUUCGUGGCUUUAUCGACCCCCCCCCCCCCUCCCCCCGGGAUGAACCAUGGGCGUGUAGUCUCCCCGAAGAGUCGACCCCUGGUUUUAAAAAAAUCUUCAUGCACCAGCAGGAACCCCGGCAGAGAGCAGGGCAGCUGUGGAAAUGCUUUGGUCAGCCGACUUUUAAACUGGGGCGCCGCGAGAUUUGUGGAGGUGUCAAGACGCAAACCGGCCUUCGCCAACUCGACGGAGAUCUGCUUGGCCUCUGUGUAAUUCAUUUAAUCGCCAUUGCGUUCGAAGCUUAGAUGUAGACAAAGACAAAGAUCCCCCGUAUAGCCUCAACAGACAUUUGUUUUGGUUGGGGGAGGGGAGCAAGUGCCGUUGGCGAGCUCGGUGUAGGCACAGCCGCUCACCAACGCACACUCCGGAUAUCGGCAGCGCAACAUCGGCGCACACUCUUCCCCGAUGGAGGCAAAGACGCACACUCUGAUAGCCCGCUCGAGACGUGGCGAGAUGUUAACUACCUCGCCUGGUAUAUAGGAGGUCCGUGGGUUCGAUCUGACGCCUACUGUAUUUUUAGAGUUUGCAUGUUCUCCCCUUGGCCACGUGGAUUUUUCUCCGGGCCCUACCGAUUUUACUCUACCACAUUUAGAAUCAACAUCGCGCGUUUAGAGAGAUAAUCUUGCUGCUAUACAUUUCCACGUGACGAUAAGCCACUCCGUUGAGCUGUCAUUGGUGAUUGCCAGGUGGCUUCUGAAAAAAAGAGCUGUAUAGCCUUGCCUGGUAAAAGUUUUGUUUAUGAACGUAGUUUUAGUUGAAGCAGGGUGAGACCCCGAAAGAUCCACGCUGGGUUUCAUGCGCAAGAGCGACCCCAGGGGUGUCACCAAUUUGAUGAAAAGCAAAAUCAAAGUCCGACGAAUUUCAACGUCGUCUCUUUGGCUCUCAGUGAGGAAAGUCACCUCCAGGCAUGAUUUGAAUCCUCACUGAUCGUCAGCCCGAGUUCGUUGAGAACACCAAUUGUCCAUUUUCGCUUAGUUCUUUAGAAUUAGAUCACUGGCGUGCAUUUACUUUUUUACAUUUAUACAGUACACCUCGUCUAACUCAUACAUAUGUAUCUAUUUAGAGUAGUAGAAUGAUUUUCUAUGCUGGAUAAAGGCCUUCCCACUCCGCAUCCGUCAUGGGUGUGUUGUUAGAGCAUACUUUAUCAUUUUAACUAACCCAAAAACCUCUAUUGUGGAUACUUCACCAUGCUGGUCAAUUCGGGAGAAGGUGAAAGGGAGCAGGGGUGAGCCGCAAACCAUUCCGGGUAUCGCUCGCCACUGAUGUUGCCCACGGCCUAGGAGUUGAACUCGGAUCGAGCCGGGUUCAUAGUGCGCUCAGAUGGCCACCCACGCCACUGCUGCAAUCCGCGAUAUUUAGUUACAGAAAUAUGUGAGUUCGGGCGCUUUAAAGUUGACAAACGUUUUCCUUGUCUGAUGUCAUCAAAUGUAUUUCGUAGACAUCAGCAGCAUAUAUUUCAAGAUUAAUAUUUAUAAAGAUUGAGCAUGCUUACAUAUAGGAAUAUAUAUAUAUAUUUGGUCCGAA